AUGAAUGCCGUUGUGGUAGGGUUAACGCUUUUCCUACUUCCGCUUCUGGGAUCGACUCAGUUUCUGGACAUGGCCUGUGGAAUUCGAGCUCAUAGUCCCAGUGUUCUACGGGUCAAGAAUGGAACUGUGGCCAGCUUGACUUCGAGUCCCUGGAUGGCUUUUCUCCACUCAACGGACGGAAGAUUCGUUUGUGGCGGGUCUUUGAUCACGAAUCGACUGGUAUUAACUGCCGCGCAUUGCUUCCUUGAUAGAACAGAUUUAAUAGCUCGGCUGGGAGAGUAUGAUAGAGAGGAACACGAGAUGUGUCACGAUAGUUACUGCACCUAUAGAAUAGAAGCUAUGGUGGAGAGAGGAUUCCGGCACCGACUUUACAAUCCAAUGACCAUGGCCUACGACAUAGCCAUUCUUCGUCUGUACAGGAAAGUGCAGUACACAGAUAACAUCAGGCCCAUCUGCAUUGUACUAGACCCCAGAUGGAGGAACUUCAUCGACUCCUUGGACCCUCUGACUGGCACUGGAUGGGGCAAGACGGAGUCUGAGGGAGACAGUGCCAAGCUCAGGACCGUCGACUUGGCUCGCAAACAUCCGGAGGUUUGCCGGAGGUAUGCCACACUAUCCCUGACGGCCAACCAGUUUUGCGCUGGUAACGAGAGAAGCAAUCUGUGCAACGGCGAUUCCGGCGGUCCGGUGGGGGCAUUGAUCCCGUACGGAAAAUCCAAACGUUUCGUCCAAGUGGGAAUCGCUAGCUUCACGAACACUCAAUGCGUGAUGGUAAGCGUUUUCACGGAUGUGAUGAGCUAUGUCGACUGGAUCCUCGCAGUGCACAACUACCACAAAUAACUACUUUCCUGGAAUGUGACUUAGGCUUAUUCUCCGAAAUGAUUCAUAGCUACUUAAUCAGAUUAAUAAUUUAAGACAAUGUUAGUUUGUAAGUGUUUUCAGUUUGAAUCGCAGCCCUGAAAUUUUCAUUCUACAAAAGCUUGUUUUACAUUUGCAUCAUAUUUAACGCAAGUCCCCCCAUUUUUGGCAAAAGCAAAACACUUUUCACGAUCAGUGGGCCAUAAAAAAGAAGUUUUCCAAGGGAAUGCAUUACGCUAAUUAAUUCCUGAUAUAUGGCUGAGGAGCUGUGGCCAAAACAAGGCCACAAACCUGCAACUGGGCGUAAAAAAGAG